UUUUGACACAAUGAGGUUUUUAAUCUCAUUGUCUGUGUGUUUGCUGUUGUUAAUUUAUGAUGGAAUAACCAUUAGAGUAGCAGGUUCGUGUUGAUGGGGUUGACAGUCGACAGUUGGUGACAGUGAUUGACACAUGUUGGGCUACACCUGUGAAUGAUCCAGAUUACAGUCUGCGCUGGGAUCUCAUCACUGGAGAGUAGAGACAAACAUUUCUUUGUGUUUGCUGUAACCAGUGUUGGGUGUCCAAAUCCACAUGAUAACACAGUGAAGCUUCUUCAGAAUGGUGUUUCAACAUCCAUCCGUUUCUCCUUCAGGAUGUUUGUCUUCAGCUCAGACUCCACUAAAGUUUACCUGCACUGUGCUGUUCAUCUUUGUAUUCUGGCCAACAAUUACUGCUCAGCGCACUGUGGCUCUGGAUAUCACCAGAGGGUCGGUAGGUCUUUGGACUUCCAUGACAGUUCUUCAAUAUCCAUGGGUCCUUUCGUCUGGUCUGAUGGAAAUGCAGAAAAAUGGGCUCCAGAAUUAGCGCAAGUGUCCGGAGCUCCAGGUCUGUGCGGUUGUUUGAUGAUACUUCUGGUUUCACUCCUGAGUGCCUGCACCAUCUUCUAGGACGUCUACACAAUGCACAUUUUCUAAUCUUAAAAGUUUCUAUACUAUAGUAUAAAAUUUACAUGUGUUAUCUGAUUUUGUCUUCUAUUACACCAAUGACGGACUAGCCCUGCACUUGUUUUGAUGAAUAUUUUGAGAUUAUUCUGUCUGAAAUAAGAUUUAGUUUGAUUGUCGAUUUUCUUUUUUUAAUAGUCUCUCCUUUAAAAUACUUUAUUGUGUAAAAAAAACAUAUUGUAAAAAUAAAGUUCAAACCAAGCA